CGUAUAACGCCGUCAGUCGGAAAUUGCGUGCGCAACGAACAAAGAUUUUAAGCGACUUGUGGAGGUUCCAAUUCGAUUUUCGAUUUAAUUCCGUUCAAGCUGUUGCGGUUCGCAGUUGCGGUGCAGCAUAGUAUGGAAGUAGCCGUAAGAUGGUCAAAAAGUUUACACAAAGGACGAGUCGCGACAAGAAGCAUAGAACUUUACAUUUUCAUCAGAUGAGCAGCAGGUUUUGCUAGCUCGCGUUUCUACUGGCCUGCUUGUUUUGACGAAAUUGCCGAAAUGUGGUGUCUCAUAAGCCAGCCCAAUUCCGUCGUUUUCGAGGUGAGGGUAGACCCCAAAUCCAUAGGACAGGAGUGUCUUGAAAAGGUCUGUGAAUACUUAGGCAUAUCAAACGAAUCCGAUUAUUUCGGCCUGAAGUACGAAAACAGCAAGGGGGAAGAACUGUGGUUGAACCUGAGGAAUCCCAUAGACCGACAGGUGAACUGCCACGGACAGACCAGUCCCAUAAGAUUGGCGUUGAGGGUGAAAUUCUGGGUACCUCCGCACUUGCUCUUACAAGAAACAACGAGACAUGAAUUCUACCUCCACGCGCGGGUGGACCUGCUAGAAAAGCGCCUCCUAGCCUCCGACUGGGACAGCGUGUCUAAACUCAUAGCUCUGAUCGCCCAGGCCGACUCAGGGGACUACGAACCUUCUCACCCACCCUACAACACGUACAUGCAGGCCUCCGCCAUCACUUCUGUGAAUUCUUCGCAGAAACCUACCGAUUUGCUCCAGAAAAUCAUCGCGGAACAUAAAAAGUAUAGGGGCAUGAAACGUACCACCUCCGAAUACUGGCUACUAAAAGAAAUAUCCCAGUUCGAGUCUUUCGGCGAGGAAAUGUUCAACACCAAACCGCAGGGUAACGUCAUGCUCGGUGUCGGACCCCACGGGAUCACCAUUUACGAGAAGAACAAGCCUAAGCAGCUCAUAUCGUUCACCAAUAUAAUCAGCGCUUCCUCUCACCGACGCACAUUCAAAUUGGAGUACCUUUCGGUGGACAACAAGGAGUCGUUGUUGGAGACGAAACUGGAUUCUAGUCACGUCGCGAGUAGUCUGUAUAGAGCCCUGACGGAAAAGCACGCCUUUUACAGUUGUGAAACUGUGAGGAGCGCCGUUACGGCUCAGUUCAUUAGGGACUUGAAGGGGACCAUCGUUUCGAUAUUCAACGAAGACUCCACCUUGGGGAAGAAGUACGUGUUCGAUAUCAGGAGGACUUGUCGGGAGGUGUACGACAACGCCAGGAGGGCCCUGUACCAGCAGAGUGCCAUGCAGAUCGUGCCGCAGAUGGAACGGUCGGAGUGUACGCAUGACGGAGCGAACUGUAAAGACUCUGAAGAGAAACUCCAUCGACUAAUGGACGCGUUAACCUGCAAAAUCUGUAUGGACAACCAGAUCGACGUCGUCUUUCUUCCUUGCGCUCACGUUGUCGCUUGCACCGAAUGUGCGGCCAGAGUCGACAGGUGCCCGUUGUGCCGUUCGCAGUUCACGCAAGCGCAGAAACUAUACCUGCCCGGUGAAUUCCGUCAGCAAGUUUGUUAAUUCGACUCGGCGUACGAGAACAGGACUUGCCGAGACGUUUUUAAUUUUUCUGACGUUCUUGUGAGAUUAAGACUUUGAGGAUUUGUUAUCCGUUUCGUUUCUAUUUCUUGGGAACUGAUAUUCUCGGGAUAUCGUUGAUCAGUGUGUAAAUCAUUUUGGUUCGACUUUUUUACUUAUAUUUAGGAUCUCAUAUUGAGGUUUCUUUGUUUUCUAUGUACAAAUUUUCUGUUGACUAACAGAAUAGGCUAAGGACGAAUGAUUGUAGUAAUGGUAGGAAUUAAUAAACGGUAAGCUGUCGCCUCCAUUUGUAAUAUCCGUCGAGGUACGUUUCUCCUUAACGAAACCGUUAAAUCUGUGUAAUUAGGUUUUUUCACUACUCCGUAGAGACACUUUCAUAUCCUAUAUAUUUUUGUAAGCCUUUCCUCCAUUAUUUACAAUUAGUUUAUUGAAUUUCAAUACUUUUUAGUCACUAUCAAUGCAAGUGUUAACUAGACGUAGACGUUUAAGUUAUUUGUUAUUUGUAUAUACAUAUACAUAUAAAAUAAUUAGUAUUAACGUUGUGAUAAAUGGAAAUUUAAUUUGUGAUAAUUUCGCAUUUAUUAUUUAGGAAAUCGUCGGUGACAAAAUCGAAGCGUUUGUCUGAUAUAAUUUUCCAUCUCCAGUCUUCCAAAAAAAUUGUAGAUUAAUAUACAAUGUUCCGUGACGCUACUUGCUAGCCAAUAUUUGCAAUAAUAGAUGUUCGAUGUGGUAGUAACAUUUUUUUUUCGGUUUAAUCUCAUUUUGUCACAGUUUAGUUUCUAAGUAAUAAAUGGUGCAUAAUAAUUUUGUAUUUUUUUGUAGAAAAAAAUUGCUUUAAAAAUUUAACUGUUAGGUUUAGUAAAUCUUUUACCAACAUUAUUAUCGAAUUUGUGUAUUUUUAUUUAAUAAACGCAAGAUAUCUUAUA